CCAAACUAAAAUUCAGCGUCACCGACUAGCCUCUGGGACCAGCGAACUCCAGCUAACAAUAGUCAGAAUACGAACGUCGAAGAAGGAGAAGGAGAAGUGGAAGGAGAGUGAAAGCAGCCGCGAUGCACUUGAUAAAUGCCGUAAUGGCGACUCGGUCGCUGACUAGGAAACUGGAAUCGGAGGUUGGCUUGAGCGACAUAUCGUUCGGAUCGGUUCGGUGGUUCGUGUACGCGGGGCUAUCGUGCUUCCUGGUCGUCUUCGCCGGGAUCAUGUCCGGCCUCACCCUCGGCCUCAUGUCCCUAAGCCGCGUCGACCUCGAAAUCCUCCAGCGUAGCGGCACCUCCACCGAGAAAAAGCAAGCAGCUACUAUACUUCCGGUGGUACAAAAGCAGCACCAGCUUCUUGUGACUCUGCUUUUGUGUAAUGCCGCUUCCAUGGAGGCCCUUCCUAUUUAUCUGGAUAAGCUUUUCAAUGAGUACGUCGCAAUCAUACUUUCUGUAACUUUCGUUCUUGCCUUUGGAGAGGUUAUUCCACAAUCAAUAUGCACGAGAUAUGGACUUGCUGUAGGGGCCAGUUUCGUAUGGCUUGUGAGAGUUUUGAUGAUAAUUUGCUAUCCAAUAGCUUAUCCCAUCGGAAAGGUUCUGGACUGUGUACUCGGACAUGAUGAGGCAUUAUUUAGGCGAGCUCAGCUAAAAGCUCUUGUCUCCAUCCACGGCAAGGAGGCUGGGAAGGGAGGUGAACUGUCACAUGAUGAGACGACGAUUAUUAGUGGAGCACUAGAUUUGACUGGGAAGACUGCUGAAGCGGCUAUGACGCCUAUUGAAUCAACCUUUUCCUUGGAUGUCAAUUCAAAGUUGGACUGGGAAGCAAUGGGAAAAAUUCUUGCGCGGGGUCAUAGUCGAGUUCCUGUCUAUUCUGGAAAUCUGAAAAAUAUAAUUGGACUUCUGCUGGUGAAGAAUCUACUAACUGUACGACCUGAAACAGAGACUCCUGUCAGUGCUGUUUCCAUCCGCAGAAUUCCAAGGGUUCCAGCAGAUAUGCCUCUGUAUGAUAUAUUGAACGAAUUUCAAAAAGGUAGCAGUCAUAUGGCAGCUGUGGUGAAGGCUAAGGGGAAAGGCAAGACACUUCCUCUAACUUUCAAUGGAGAAAAAUCCGAAGAGAACAAAGUCAUCACUGAUGAAAACUCCCAACUGACUACUUCUUUGCUAUCAAGGCAGGAUGAAAAUUCAGAUAGUGUUGCUGUUGACAUUGACAGGCCUUCCAGGCUUACCUAUAUGAAUAGGCCACCCUCUUUACCACAUAAUGAUGUGGCAACAAAUAAAUUGUCUCAAUUUUCAGAGGAUAUUGAAGAUGGUGAAGUCAUUGGUAUCAUCACCCUGGAAGAUGUAUUUGAAGAACUUCUGCAGGAGGAGAUUGUAGAUGAGACAGAUGAAUAUGUUGAUGUUCAUAAUAGAAUCCGUGUGGCUGCAGCAGUAGCUGCUUCAUCAGUGGCACGAGCUCCAUCAAUUCGGAGGCUAAUGGGGCAUAGGGGAGCAGGAGGGCAAGACAAGCAAGGACAAACCCCAAAGAAAUCUUCAGAAGAUGUUUUAAAUACCACAAGGUCACAAGGUUCUUCUGAUGAACCUCUUCUUGGUCAUAAGAGAUGAACGUAUUCUGCAGUCAAGUCGGAAUCUCUUGAUCCUUGUCAUCAUUCAGGAAGCGGUUAUCAUUUCCAUACGGAAAAGGAAAAGGCGGCAGUGCUGAUAUCAUUGCAGGGAGGGAGGAAGAAAAAUAAAUCCAUGAAGUUUUUUUUUUUUUUUUUUUUAUUAUCGUUUUGGAAGUCUGAUACUGUAUAGUAGUACUCUGCCAAAUUAUCUCCACAUAGGUGGAUGAUAAAAUGUCAAAAACUACAUGAUUAAACUGCUAAAGUAAGUGAAUUG